UUUACUCCUGCAAGCAGACAGACAACUGCCUCCAGUCCCUCCUGGUCAGCACCAUGGCCAAGACCCUUAGUGACCAUCUGCUCAACAUCCUAGAAGAGCUGGUGCCCUAUGACUUUGAGAAGUUCAAGUUCAAGCUGCAGAACACCAGCCUGGAGAAGGAUCACUCCCGGAUCCCCCGGAGCCAUGUCCAGAUGGCCAGGCCGGUGAAACUGGCCACUCUGCUGGUCACCCACUAUGGAGAGGAAUACGCCGUGCGGCUCACCCUGCAGGUCCUGCGGAGCAUCAACCAGCGCCUCCUGGCAGAGGAGCUCCACAGAGCCACUGGCCAGGAAUAUUCUGCCCAAGAAAGUGGCAUCGACACUUCUGCGGUGUCUUCUCGGGAAAGUAAGCCCAAGAACCUGAAAGAACUAGAUGGCCAGGAAGGUGAUGGGCAGCGACAAAGCAGCAAUGGGGCAGUUGAUAUGCAAUCCAGCCAACCUGAGGCAGGGAGAGGGCCCCAGAAGAAGUGUCAGAGCAAACGCAGGGAUCAGAAGGUCCCUGAGGACACACAGAGCAAGUUGUGGGCCAGGGGCACAGUGGCCAUCUCCAGGAGAGGCCCCCUCACCACCCAGAUGCCAGGGGACAAAGACAGCAGGGUGAGUGCCCAGCUCCGCAGGAAUGCCAGCUCUGCAGGAAGGCUCCAGGGACUCUGCAACGUUGCCCUGGGGAGGAGAGAAUCCAAGAAAUUUGAAGUGUAUUUACCUUCAGGAAAGAAGCGGCCCAAAAGUCUUGAAAUUCCCAUUUCUUCAGGAGAGGGAGAGCUGCCAAACCCAGAGACUUUUCUGAUUGCAGAGCAAAGCAGAAAUGCAAACUCAGACUCAGCAGCCACCCCCAGGGUGGCUCUGGAGAAGGGCUCCAGGAAUCCAGAACAUUCCGUAGUCCUGCAGGAGUUAGCAUUCGGGAGCACACCUUCCAAUGCACCAUUGCCUGGAGAGAAGAAAUGCACGGCAUCCUGGGAGGAAAGUGGAACUGGGGAACCAGAGACCCCUGAGGCCCUGGGGAAGGUGGCAGGUGGUAUAUGCCACAAGCCCUCAAAUCCAGAAUUACUUUCAUCUUCAGGAAGGCCACAGGAUGAGGCUGCAUGUCAUCUUUGCCACACCCAGGAAGGAUCACCCAGAUGCUCCCAGUGCCAGGCCUCACUUGCAAAGAAUAGCUCCAGAGGCCUGAGCCCACAGCCAGUACCACACUGCCAGCGCCAUCUGAAACAGAUGCAGCUGCUCUUCUGUGAAGACCAUGGGGAGGCCAUCUGCCUUAUCUGCAGGCUGAGUCAGGAGCACCGAGGCCACUGGGUGCGUCCCAUCCAAGAAGCUGCCAUAGAAUACAAGGAGCAAAUUCAGAAGCAUCUGGAACAUCUGAAAGAACUGAGGAAGUCUGGGGAGGAGCAGAGACUGCAGGGGGAUAAGAAGACAGAGAACUUCCUGAAACAAACUGAAUCCCAGAAGCAGAGGGUCCGGUGCCAGCUGGAGAAGCUGGGCCGUUUUCUGGAGCAGCAGGAGCAGCUCUUUAUGGCCUGGCUGGAGGAGCUGGGCCAGACCAUUGGCCAGGCCCGAGAGACCUAUGGCAUUCAGGUGUCCCGAGACAUCGCCCGCCUGGACAAGCUGAUUGGGGAACUGGAGGCCAAGCAGGGCCAGUCCGAAUGGGAGCUCAUGCAGGACAUCGGAGUCACCUUGCACAGGGCCAGGAUGAUAACUAUCCCUGAGCCCUGGAUCACACCUCCAGAUAUGAAAGAAAAGAUCCACCUGCUCUACCAGAAAUCAGAGUUUGUAGAGAAGAGCAUGCAGCGCUUCUCAGAAAUCAUGCGUUCUGAAAUGGAAACAUUCAGUGUUCCAGAACUGAUUGGUACUCAGGCACAUGCUAUUAAUGCAAUCCUGGAUCCAUGAGUGUGAGACUCGGAAACAAAUGAGAACAGCUGCCUGACAGCCUGAGGAGAUUCAAUAGUUGCAUCACCACCAUCAUCACCAAGCUCUCCCAGCUUCUUCUCUGGCAGCCAUUACUGGCAGGUAGAGGCUGGAGACAAGGCAGUGUGGAUCUUGGGAAUGUGCAGAGCAUUGACUAGCAGGAAGGGGAGCAUGACUGUCACAGAGAAUGGCUACUGAUGGGGACGAAGCGAAAUGCAUACCAGGCACCCACCAUUCCUCCAGCCCACUUGUGAAUAAGGAAGACUUCAGGCAGGUUGGAAUCUUCCUAGACUACACGGCUAGAGACAUUUCCUUUUAUAAUGUGACAGCCAGAUCCCACAUCUGGCUUCUCUUCCUCUGGGCCCUGCAAUCUGUUCUCAGCCUCGGGACACAUGAUAGAGGAAAGAAUAUGGAUCUUCUGGCCAUCUGUCCAGUGGGCAGCCAGGGGUCUCACUGAAUGAAUGCUCAACACUGCACCACCAUUCUGGCACCUGGCCUUGUAUCUUGCAUUCAUCAACUCAACAGACACUGACUGCACCUAUGGGUGCUAGCUUCUAUAGGAGAUAUAAUGAAUAAGAAAAUAGUCUUGGUGCAUAAACAGCUUACCAAACCAUAGUAGAGGAAAGCUAGAUAUGCAAAUAUUAGUAAUUAAGGGUAAAGAUAAAACAGAUGUCAAUGACAUUCAGUGGAUUUCAGAGAAGGGGGUACAUGGCUAUUGAUAAUAAAGCCUCUAUGAAUUUAGCACUCUCAGAUGCUUCUGAGGUACAAGACUGCUCUCAAUUUCCCUCCCAUGACAAGGACUUUCCCUCAUUCUGUCUUCCCUGUCUUGAGGACACCAGAAAAUGUCAGAAAACACAAGUGAACUGGAUUAUCACAAAAAUAUUUGUGUGCUUGGAUUAAUGAUGACUCAAUGACUGGGGCUCAUGAAUAAAUCAAUUAGAAAAUUUGAUGAUUGCAUUUGUCACUCAAAUGAUCGAUGUGGUUGCAUUUCUCUACUGAAUACCAUUAAUGAGAUGGAGAUACUUCAGUGGAUAAACAUCACUUACUCUAAACAUCAGAUUAUUUUGUCUUGGUUUGUAUUUGAAAUCCUGUGGGCUUGUGGGUUAUAAGGUGUUCUAGUUUAUGCGUUCUGCCUGUAUCAUCCCCCAUUAAAGAGAUGUGAAGAGCUGGGUGUGGUAACAUAUGUACAUAAUCCCAGCACUCAGGAGGCUGAGACAGGAGGAUUGCUGAGUGCAGAGUCAGCCAGCGUGAGGGCUAUGUAGUGGGUUUGAGGCCAGUCUAGGCUAUACAGUGAGACCCUAUGAAAAAAGUGGUGGGUGCCUGUAGUAGUAGUCCUGGUACAGACUCUUCACUCCUAGAGUCUAGAUGGACUCACCUGAGAAGUCUCCAUGGUUGGACCAGAGCGCAUGCUCUGCUUUCUUUGUGGAGUUUUAUCCCCAUGUAAGAUCCCCAGGCCAACAGCAUGCAUGUGCCCUGCUGCUAGGCUGUUUCCCAUGGCUGGGCAUUUGUUACUCCCCAUGCUCCCUAGUGAUAAGCGCUCCAAGAACAGCUUUAAGCAUAU